AAGUUUUGUUUGUUGUAAAAAUCAUUGGUUUAGGCUUUGGUGGGUUGUUUUGGCUUUGUCAAACUCAAUCAACUCAUUUCAAUUUGUCAAAAAAUUGACGUUCGUUCGUUUAUUCGCGGAUCGUGGUUUUUUCUCUCGAGUUUUUGUUAAAUAUUUGUUUUCACGGAUUGACACGUACAUAUAUAAGCACAUCUUGAAAUUACGAGAUAUUAUAAUUCGUCUUAUCUCAUUCGUCUUGUGUAAUAUCAAAGUGCAACAUGUCGUCCGAGACAGCACAAGUUAGUUCCUUACCAUUGCCUCCUAUGCAAUAUAUAAACUUUUAUACAGAUGAGAAUGUUCGAAGAAAUAGAGCACCACUGCCACCUCGGCCUAUUCACGAUUCAUAUUCAAUGUUUGGACACACUUUUAAUGCGGACGACACCAUAAUCAGGUCAUUGGAAAGCCAGGGAUUUCGACGAUUAUAUCCUAUGCACUUUGAAAGAAGAAGAGAACUAAAGAAGUUAAACCAUUCUUUACUUGUUAAUUUUCUAGAUUUAUUAGAUUUGUUGGUUCAUUGUCCUGAUUCUCCCAAAAGAGCUGAAAAGGUUGAAGAUCUGAGUUUAUUGUUUAUCCACAUUCAUCACUUGCUAAAUGAGUUUAGACCACACCAGGCUCGUGAAACAUUGAGAGUGAUGAUGGAAUUACAGAAACGUCAACGAGUUGAAACCGCCACAAGGUUUAAGAAACACUUGGACAAAGUACAAGACAUAUUGCAGAAUGCAUUGCAAAGUUUACCAGAUCAGAAUGAAAUUGAAGCAAACUUUAAGGUGCCUGUAGAAAUUCUGGAACAAAUGGACUGCAGUACAAAUGAUGUCUCAAAUCAGGAUCCUUGUUACGAACUGGAUCGUAUCAUGUGUAAUGUUGUUGACAACAUGAGAUAAGACAAUUGACUUUUCUUUCUUACUUUUUUAUAUUAUGGUAUUAAUUAUUAGCCUGUAAGUUUUAGCAUAUUGUUGUAUUAAUAAAAAAGCAAUAAGUAAGUAACA